CACACACACACAUCCAGAAAGCAAAAAUCCCACCAAAUUCGCCGAUCCCGUCUUUCUCUCUCUAGAAACCUCCAUGAAUUUCGCAGGCAUUUCAAAUCUCCGGUUCAUCACCGUCAAAGCUAUAUCUCUGUUCAUAGUAUUACUAUUAUUGGUGAUUGAGUCCGCCGACGCCUCAAUCCACGUGUACGAUCGAGAUCCAUUCCGAGAAGUCGGCAAUGCUUACCUUGUCUCCGGAGGCAGCGAAGGUCUGGCCGCAUCUCGCAUCACAACUCCGCUCCCUCGCCAUUCAUCCCCCGUUACCGCCAAUGAUGGUCGUACCUAUAUCCGAUUUCAGAACGUCACAUUUCGGAGGAGUGAAGCAGCUGCAGCCAAGCAUUCAAAAACGGAGCGUCGUACUGGAUUGGUACAAGUUAUAAUUUUUGAGGCUGCUGAUCGUGAUAACAUUGGUGGGUCACCUUAUGGUGGGCAGAGAUCUAUUUGUUGCACAUCUGAUCUAGCUAAGCUGGAAGGUUGUAAACAAGGGGAAGUUAUUAGGAUACCUUCUGCAAGGGAUUCUAACUGGCCUGUCACUGUCAACGUCUAUUUUCGUGGAAAAUCCUUAACGGCACAAUUGAAAACUACAGAGGCUUACAUCACUAAAACUGGAAUGUACAACUUAUUUUUCAUAUCAUGUGACCCAAGCCUCAAAGGGAUGACAUUGAGUGGUACAACCGCUUGGAAGAACCCUGAUGGCUACUUACCUGGAAGGAUGGCCCCUCUAAAGAAGUUUUAUGUGAUCAUGGCUCUUGCAUAUGCACUGCUUUGCAUUGCCUGGUUUUCUCAAUAUGCGAGGUUUUGGGAUGAUAUCUUGCAACUUCAGCACUGCAUCAGUGCCGUUGUUGCUGUUGGGUUGUUUGAAAUGAUACUUUGGUACUUUGACUAUGCAUAUUUUAACAACACGGGAACAAGGCCGGUUGCAAUUACAACUUGGGUUGUGACUGUUGGAUCUGUAAGGAGAACUGUUUCACGUCUACUUAUGUUGUGUGUUUCUAUGGGGUACGGCGUUGUGCGUCCUACGCUUGGUGGCCUUACCACAAAAGUGAUGCUUCUUGGAGUAACUUACUUUCUAUCAACUGAGUUGCUCAAUAUUACGGAGUAUGUGGGAACUAUAAGUGACAUAGCCGGAAGGGCAAGAGUUAUUCUUGUUCUUCCUAAUGCUAUGUUGGAUGCAUUUUUGAUCAUGUGGAUUUUUACUUCUCUUUCAAAGACACUUACACAGCUACAGGCAAAGAGGAGUUCUGUUAAGUUGGACACCUACAGGAAGUUCUCAAAUGCAUUAGUAAUCACAGUUGUUCUUUCAGUUAUCUGGAUUGGAUAUGAGGUUUACUUCAAGGCAACUGAUCCUUUCAAUGAGAGGUGGCAGAGCGGCUGGAUUAUCACCGCAUUUUGGGACAUUCUUGCAUUUGCAUUGCUCUGUGUUAUCUGCUAUCUGUGGGCCCCAUCACAGAGUUCUCAAAGAUAUGCAUAUUCAGAAGAGAAAGGUGAAGAUUCUGAUGAAGAAACCGAAGCACUUUACAGUGGAACACCGAAAGGUGACAUCAGCUUAGUGAGGCAGGAAAGACGAGAGAAGAAGACAGAUGACUUUGAUUUAGAUGAGGAUGAUGAAGCAGAAGAAGGCAAGAGAGAAUAGUGUAUUCAUUUGUUGAAAACAAACACGACAUUGUGUACAGAUUUGACACCAAAAAGAGAUCGAAGCAACUUUCAACACAGGGGAGAAAAGAAUGCAACACUCUUCUCGACUUAUCGUGCUUUCGCUACACAAUAUGAUCGAGUCAUUUUCUGCUUGCUUUGCCUGUGUGAGUCACGAGUGAAAUUGGUGUCUGAGUUGAACUCGGUUAAGAAAGAGUGAUUCUGAUCACUAUACAUUUUUACAAAAAUUAGUCAUUUGGUGAUAUGAUUAUGUAGCUAAAGAAAAUGAAUCAAACAAGUGGCUUGUCGUGGGU